CGACAAGCCCGAAAUCAAUUGCGCGCCGAUCCCAGACCUUAGCUCCAUGCUAUCUACUGCACAUCUAUCACGCUAUGCAAUGAAGCUUAGAUCCGAAUCGCCAGCCUACCUAUUGAUGAACGAACGGUCGCCGGGGCAUAAACCCACUGCCGAACCAGUUCAUUAAUCAACGUGACUAUUGUGCCGAUCCCCGAUCCCGAUCCCUAAGGCUUCACUUCACCACCAGGCGAGACCCUCCCCGGCUUGCACCAUGUCGGCCCAUGUUACUUUUCAAGUGCAGCCCAUAUCCAAGUUCGCUGGGCAAAGUGAGCCCGUGCGACGGCCCAAGGAGUUCGCAUACUUUUCCUACGAUGCCGACCACAAGUUUCGUCUUGAUGACAGCUCAAUGAAAUGGUAUUACCCGCCUCGCCUAGGAGCCGAUCUGUCGGAAGGGUUUGAAAGCUUUGACAAGCUGGACGAAGGAGCAUCUGCCGAGCACAUAGACAGCCUUCUGCAGACCAUCAUAGCCCAUGAACAACGGACUGGGAAGAAGAUCGAUGCACAUGUGGUAACAUGGCGUGGUAUCGUCACAAAGUUGAUGGCCUCGCCUUACGAGGACCGUGAUGGAUUUGACCUCAACGCAACUCUCUAUCAGGAUUGUGUCUUCAUAGAAGAGGACCAUGCCUCCCGUAUGGAGUCAAAGAAGGCUCAAGAUUCAGAACCUUGGAAAAGUCCGAUUCCUCGCGAAGUUAUGACCUUCUGGGGGUACAAGUUCGAGACAUUAUCCACGAUACCAAAACCAUGGGGAGAGACCUCUCGUGACUACAUAGAAGGCCGCGAGCAGGAGCCAACCAACAACAAGGAGCAAUACUGCUCGGUUGUGCGUACAGGAAUUGGCAAAACAAUUCUAUGCCUAGGAGGCGAAGUCGACGCGAUCUGGGAUUCGAAGCCAUCAACGCCUGGCCCAAUCAACUGGGUCGAACUCAAGACCUCAGCAGAGGUGAGAAACGACCGUGACGCCGCAAACUUCGAGCGGAAGCUGCUCAAGUGGUGGAUCCAAAGCUUCCUCCUGGGCGUUCCCAAGAUCGUCGUGGGCUUUCGGACCCGAGAUGGGCAGCUCACGCGCGUGGACGAGAUGGAAACAAACGCCAUCCCGGCCAACGUACAGCAGCGGGGGAGGUCCUGGAACGGCGACACCUGCAUCAACUUCUGCUCUGCGGUAUUGGAAUGGAUUCGAUCGACCAUGGACGAUGACGGUGUGUGGAGGAUCCGGAGACGGGCACGAUCGUCUGUCAUUGAAAUGUUUAAGAUCGAAGAAACCGGCCAUGGGAGGGUCCUGACUGAUGAUUUUAUCAACUGGAGGAUAAAGCUCUCGCUUGGCGUUGAGCCCCAACCUGAUCAAUAAGUUUGACGUGGGAUAGGCGUAGGUCUGCAUACCAACAAAACCUUGCUGCCUUCCUCCCUGUCUUGUGCCGUCAUCUCCACUAAUCUUUAGAUCCGCGGUGAGUUUGAGAAAAAUUGAAACCAUUCAGUUUUCCAUGCCCUCUGUAAAGAGAAGCUGAGCUACCUAUCUAAAGUAUCUACGUAUACAAUGAUCAAAACAAGUUUCCUCCAACGUGAAGGCCAAUGGCAAAUGCUACCGCAACAAUACAAAGCAAAUCCAACACUCCUGGUAAUAGACGCCAAACAAUAGUGUAUAUCCGUGAAACAAAAAAAGAGAAACAAAGAAACAAAAAUGUGUUUAAACGGGUUUCGCCUCGUCGUGAGGCUACAGGAGACAUGACAUUUUAAUCCGGCCGUGAGUGUCGUAAAGUGUUAUUUCCCCCUCAUAGUCGUCAUGAACCACUCACCCCUCUUGUCACGGGGCAAGAAUCAUAACGAACAGAUCCAAACCCGUCAAUGCUGCGUUUUGUCUAUAUCGCUUGAGACGCAAAAG